AUGCUCGGCACGAUCCUAGAACUGGGUGCACAGGAUCACAUGUCGGAGCUGGCGCGGCAGUCCGAGAACAAGACCCUCCUGCUCUUCUCUCAAGUGUAUCGCGGCAUGUCCGUCCUCUCUCGACAGCCCAUAGAGAAGCUCUACCAAGUGGUGCUCGACUACGUCAAAAUCGACUCGUCGCUCACUCCCGAGGAGAUUGUCGCCAGCGUCACGUUGUUCUUCACCGAACUCUUCCCUCUGGCCUACCACCAUUCCGCAGACAUAUCCGACAAGGACUUCGCUCGCGAUUACAAGGAGUGUCUCAGGAAGUCGAUCGAAAUCAUAUCUCCGUUCGGCGAUAUACCGAAGCAGGUGGCUCAGUCGUUGUCUAAGAGCUUGGAGGCCACCCGGCUGCUGCUGCAAGCCUUCAGGAUAGGCUCCGAGGUCCUCAACACCACCGACUCUCUGCUCAUCGAAGAAAACGGUUCGAGCAACUCCGAGUGCCACGGCGCUCUGGUCAAGAUGACUUACUGCCCCAAAUGCUCGGGUGGUCAUAAACACGCGAAGCCCUGUUCGGGCUACUGCCUCAACGUGCUGAGGGGCUGUCUGUCGAAGUACGUGGCCGAGCUAGAUCUGCCUUGGAACGGGUACGUGGAGGGUAUCGAGAGCCUGUUGAGCGCCGUGAAGCGGGGUGGAAACGAGGCAGGGGUGAACGCUGACGCUGUGAUAAGGAACCUCGACACGAAGAUCUCGGCGGCUAUCAUGCACUAUAUGGAGAAGGGCAAGGAUAUCGACAUAAGGAAAGAGCCCGUAAACAGGAAACAGCAAUUAAAGGGAAACAAAUUGGAAGGCCGAUCGUACGCCACCCCAAACAAGGGCAUCAAGGACGACCCCUCGAGCGAGAAUAAAACCUUUUAG